GGCAUUUUUUUUCUUUCAAAAUUAUAUGCUAUAUUAGCUUGAUUGUGUCAAUUCACGGUCAAAUGACAUCAAGCAGGACUCAGAGGUCUAGUUAGCCUAGAUGAUGUGUGUCGUAGAAUCAAAUUUAAAAUCUCAGCUACGUUUUACAAUCCUACAAGGAAUGAACAGCUGAUGAAGAAGACGAUGUGAAGAAAUUGUCAGUGAUGCAAAGUGGUAGCGUUAUACAUUUUAGUAAAUGGGGACUACAUGUAGAUCAUGAAUGAGGAUUGUGAAAUCGAUGAAUUCCUGAAAGCAUCAGCAGAUACAUUACAUAUUGGAAAGAAUGAACAGGAGAAAAGUUGGCUGAUAUCACUGUAUGACAAGCUCUGUAUCACUAGAGGACACAUUUCUUAUAAACAUCACCACUUCCUGUCUGGACUUCAGAGGCUUGUACACAGUGGGUAUUUAGACUACAGCUUAGUCAGUGUGAGAGAACUGGUGGACAGUCCUGAGAACUUUAUAGGGGAUCAGUCUGUCACAGGUCCACUUGGUACCGGGAGAGGACUGCACAGAAGCAUUUUGUCUGGAAAAUUUAGUUUCUCAUUUCCAACCGAGAAUGAUGAGAUAUCCUUCAUUCAUCUACAAGACGAAACCGGAACAGUUCACUGCAAGGUUACCGAGUCUUUCAGGAGGAAAUUGAUCCACAGUCAAGAUUCAUGGUGUUUCUUAUCUUCCUGGAGAUUGAUUUCAAAGGGACUUGGUACCAUCUUUAUUGAAGUUACAAAAUUUUUCCAAGAAGAGGAUGUUCACAAGAAGAGAGAGAUUCAAGUGUUGUCAACAGCUGAUGUGGCACUCUUACUGGAAAACAAGGACAAAGUAAAGCCUGGCUGUGUAAAUGUUAUUGGAAAGACUAGCUGUGUCAGUGAAGUAAUUAAAAUUAAAGAGGACUUUUUCCUGUGUAUUGAGUUGGAAGACAGGGUUGCCAUCAUUGUAAAGGACAGGAAGUACUUGUACUGGCAUGACCUUCUGACCCCGCAGACAGAGUAUGUGUUCCUUGGAUUGUUGCCCACCACCAUGUACAAGGGAACACCUCAGGAGAAAAAAGUUUUGGUUCCAUGGAAAAAUUCUGAAGUAUUGAUUCCCACAAUGGAAAAAAUUGAGCUCAUUCCUCUCUCUAGAUGGCUGAAUGUGAAUCGCAAAGCUCAGCAGAUGACAUUGAUGGACCCCAGAGAGCAGAUGUCAUUCUCCUGUAGACAGGAACUGUGCUCAUACAAGGGGGAAAUAACCAACACAGAUCUGGAAAACUUUGGAAUAUAUCAGCUGGACAAAACUGUCUGGUUGGUUCUGAGCUGUGUGCCAUACGUGCAUUACCCCAGAGAUCUCAAUCUUGGCACCCACAUCGCAGUGUACAACAGUCACAUGGCAGUCUCUAAACAGGUUCCCAAGAUCUGUUUCAUCAGCUGUACUUCUAGUUGUGUCAGGGUAACACGGUUCUCUGAUCUCUCCACACAAACAAAGAGCAUAAAGUUGUCUGUCUUUGUCAGACAGAAGCUGUUGAGAUAUGCAGUCAGUAAGGGUAUGGCUGUCCAGUUUGCCAGAUUUCUGAUUUCACUUUACACCAAAUUCAACAACAGUCUAUGUUCUCAGUUUGAUUGGAUGUUGGGCAGAUUUGUGAGCAGUGGUAUGGAGCUCCCCAAGAGAAACUACAUGGAGGAGUUCUUAUCCAGCCCACACAGCUGUUUCCUGCAUAAAACAAAGCUAGAAGACGUCUUCCUACCAGGGGUGAUUUUAUGUUCUGACAUCACAUUUGCCUCCGAGGUAAUCUACAGGCUGGGAUAUAAUCUUGUCCAAAGUCUGAAAAACACGGAGAGACUAAACACAGAGCUGUACUGGAUGUAUCACACUGAGAGUAACACACAGGAUGUCUCCAAGGUUUUGAUUGGGUAUAUAAAGUUCAGUGCAGACAAUGGUAAGAUUCUCUUGAUAGAUGAUACAGGGUGUCACAAAUGUCUCAUACUGAAAGGACAGGACAAAAAUCCGUUCGAGGUAGCAUCAUUAAAUGGAUGUCUUGUGGCCGUACGAUAUUACACUGUGGCGUGUGAAAAGUUUCAGCUAUGUCGGUAUCCAAACUUAGAUUCCUAUGGUCAGGAGAAGUAUGUCAGUAAUUUUAGAGAAGAACUGUACUUGACAAUGUCUUUGUCAGAUGUUGAGAUCUUGAUGAGUAAAAACAGGACUCUAACGAACAGCGAGUGUGACCGAGUCCUGUGUUGUGUGAUUCGCAAGGAAUCCCUGCAGAUGGAGGGGAUGAACACGGGUCAGCCACGAUUGAGAUUUACGGCCUUUGGAUAUUUCUUGGAUGAUUCCUGGACUGAUGAAGAGAUCCACAACUUUACACAGGAUGCUUUUAAGUUUUGGAACAAAACCUACGAAUUGGAUGUUGAGACAGAGAUGGGCACUGCUUGUGCAGGACAACACAAAUUUCCCUUGACCGCCUCUACUGUCCUGUUGUUCCAGGGUCAGUCCGUCCAGUGGUAUGAGGCCAUCCAGCCAGGCCAUAUUUACUGGUUUAUCUCGAGUGAGAAACUGAUUCCUAUCUCUACAAAAAGUACUCUUAGGUUUAUGAAGAAAGUGGAGAAGCAGGCAGGAGGUAAAGCCUGUGUCCCUGUUGGUGAGGAUAUGUGGGUGACAGAGAGAAGACUAAACUACAGGUGUCAACACCAGGCAUGCUGUGUGUGUAUGGAGUCCCACCCAGUAACAGAUAUAGGAGAUAUCAUUAAGGAAAGAUUCACGACUCGGAUUGUGAGUUUAGAAGGAAGGAUUAAGAGUAGACGUCAUCUUGUCGGAGAAAACAAACAGCUUCACAUGAAAACCAGCACAAACUGCUGCUCCAAUCUGUGUGUAUCCACACUUGACAACCAGAAGAUCAGUUUAGUUGUGUCCAGCCUAGACUCGGGGGAGGAGAUGGUUGUUUAUCUGAUCCUGAAUAAUAUCAGCUAUCCAUUGGGCCUACUGCCUGGUCAUGUGAUUAGGUUUCACAAUUUGGAAAGGAAGGUGUCGCGGCAUGGUUCUGUAUACUGUCAGUAUGUGGUCAUUUCAACAGUCCAAAUCCUGGACACAGUCACGCAACACCUGGACAGUGAAGUAAAAAUCAAAGAAACAAAAGAUGUGGAAUCUCUUUGGGAGAAUGUGUCUCUACACAGACUAUGUGAGGUUCAGAGAUCAUCAGGUCUUAUUAAGCUACAGAGUGUCUGUCAUAUCCACAGGAUUACCAAACUUGCAUUUAAAAGUUCCUGUAUCAACUGCAGUUCUGUGAUAUACAAUGGAGAGUGUGAAAACACCCUCUGUAAUCCUGGUCAUGGCACCAAAUUCUUUGCUUCGGCAAGUUUUACCAUAGAUGAUGGAACGUCCUUUUCCAAUGUUAAAUGUUAUUCUAAAGCGGUUCAGAAGCUACUCCAGUUAACAGAUACAGAGUGGUCAAGUUUAGAGGAGGCUGUAAAGAACCAGGGAGACAUAUUCCUGACUUCAAAUAGAAAGUGUGAAAACAGUGUAGAGGUCUUUCUUCAAUUAUUACGGGAAGGAGACCACCUCCAACAGCCGAAGAGACUCCUACUGCAGUUAGAUAAACACCAGCAGUCUAAGGAGACAGUGCUUAACAUAGAUAGCAUCCCCACAUCAGAUUUUUUUGUGAAGACAGUGGACACAGGUAGUGGAAAAGUGGAAACAAGAUGUCUGCCAAUCCUUCAGCUCAUUUGUCUUGAUAUACGGGCAUUUGACAUCACGUCUUACGUCAUGCACAAUUUCACAGAAUCUUCAAAAUAGUUGCAGCUGACAAAACAAUAUACUGCUCUUAUGAUUGGAAGUGCAUCAUAUAUAAAACAACAUUAGAAACCUGUUGUAUUGUGCCCAUGUAUGAUAUACAUAAUUAAAGUCAUGCAAAAUAAUG